AUGAUCUUCCUAGCUGCAUGCAACGCUGUUUCUUUGUUCGCAGCUACGAAUCUGGUCGUCUCACUGAAUCCAUCAGACAAGAUAACAAUAAAACGAGGCAGCGCGCUCACGGCUCUGGGUUUCGUUUACUUUAUGAGCCUCUUUGAGUUGCUGAACGCGCUGACACUGUUCACGGGCGUGGGCGCACGGUUCAGACACAAGUACCGGCUGAGUUGCGGGGAUGUACUGGAUAUUACUAACAAAUUCGUGAGCGCAAUUCAAGCAGCGCUAUCCUGCAUCACUGGAGCCGUAGUCUGCCUAUGGUCAUGUACCAGGGACUUUAUCCGCACUAAGCACUGUAUGUCAGAAGCCUACGCUUGGUUUGGGGCUGCGUACUUCUUUUACGAUAUAUGGAGCAUGUAUAUGGUGCACGUCCAAAUGACGGCAAACACAGACUCCAAGCGCAAGCAAUCCAAGAACGGCUCCUCACUCCUCUCAUCAGGAGACGGAGCUGUCGUCAAGAAGAACAGCAUAUCAUUCUUCUCCUACUGCAAGCACGAGCCUGUGAUACUGAUGCACCAUUUGUUUAUUGGAGGCUUUGGUUUUCUGGUCAUUGUGGAAGAUGUUGAUGGUGAUUAUUAUAUGAAUGUCUCCCAUUGCCAGUACCUCCGCGGAGACCUGGGCGACUGCACCUUCGGUUUCGUAUACCUCAUGGAGCUGUCCACGCCGUUCGUGUCCCUCCGCGGGAUACUGUCGAGGAUGAAACUGAAGGCCUCCAGAGCGUACCUGGUCAACGGUGUGAUGAUGCUGCUUACGUUCUUUGUGUGUCGAGUGAUCAGCUUGCCUUAUGUUUGCCUCCUGUAUAGUAGAGUGCUCGGGUUACCCUAUUUAGAGGCCAUCAAUUCCCUGCCGACCGGUUGCAAGAUCUCGAUCUGCAUCCUCCUUCUACCUCAGCUCUACUGGUUCUACCUGAUGUCUUCGGGAGCCAUUAAGAUGCUUGUCGGGGGGCAGAGCUCGGCCAAGUCACUGGCCAAAACUUCGGCAGCCGUGAAGACUGAGGCAGUAGAGGGGAUAGAAGGAUCAGAGGGAGCUUUGGGAGACGUGCGCAAGCGCAGCUGA